GCGCCAAAAGUUUACUCUGAGUGAGUAGCGACGGGAAGAGCGGCGAGGGGCGCGGCCGCGACGGUGCGCGUCUCUCCAGGGCAGCGCGCCCGCCGGCGCUGAGGCGCCGGGAAGAUGCUCGAGGUCCUGGUGCUGAAGGUUGAAGAUCCAGGUUGCUUCUGGGUUAUUAUAAAAGGAUGUAGUCCCUUUUUAGAUCAUGAAGUUGACUAUCAAAAACUAAAUAGUGCCAUGAAUGACUUCUAUAAUGGCAUGUGUCAAAAUAUAGAAAUAAAACCGUUAAUGUUGGAAGAAGGGCAGGUUUGUGUGGUUUAUUGUCAGGAACUAAAGUGCUGGUGCAGGGCUGUUAUUAAGUCCAUUGUGUCUUCAGCAGACCAUUACCUGGCAGAAUGUUUUCUCGUGGAUUUUGCCAAGUACAUUCCAGUGAAAUCUAAAAACAUCCGAGUAGCAGUAGAAACUUUUAUGCAGCUUCCCUACAGAGCGAAAAAAUUCAGACUGUACUGCACAAAACCUGUGACAUUACACGUUGACCUCUGCGAAGACAGCACUGAAAUCGUACCCGCCAGGAAGUGGGACAGUGCAGCUAUUCAGUACUUUCAGAACAUUCUAAAAGCAACUACCCAGGUGGAAGCCAAGUUAUGUGCUGUGGAAGAAGAUACUUUUGAGGUUUACCUUUAUGUAACUAUAAAAAACGAAAAGGUUUGUGUUAAUGAUGAUCUGGUUGCAAAGAACUUCGCUUGCUUUAUAUCACCCAUGGAGAGUAAAAACCUUGAUUCUUUAGAGAAACCAAGAGUGAAUAUGAAGUCAACGUCCUUUUCUAAUAAACUCCAUCCGGCACUUACUCUUUGGCCAAUGUUUUUGCAAGGAAAAGAUUCUCAAGAAAUGAAAAAUUCACAUGGUUUAACUUUUCUGGCACAGUCUCACCAGCAUCCGUGGCCCAAGGGUGUUGUUGGUGACCUGGCGCCAACCGCUGCAAUCCUGGGUAAAACUAUAAGAUGUAAUAUGGAUUCACAGAGAGAUUCACCUAAAAACAAAUCUGAAAAGAAACAACAGUGCCUCCCUUUAAAAGAUGUAAAUAAGUGUGUUGAAUCUUCAGUUUACUGGCCAACAAAAAGAGGUAUAACCAUAUAUGCUGACCCAGAUAUACCAGCAGCAAGAGCUUCCUGUCAGAAAUCAAAUGAGAAAUCACUUAGAUUGGCUGAGAAGAAAGAAUACAACGAGAAGAAUGGUUGUGUGAAAUUAUUGCAGUUUUUAAAUCCUGAUCCUUUGAGAGCUGAUGGACUCUCUGAUCUGCAGCAGUUGCAGAAGCUGCAGUCGGGCACGUGGCGGCCGCUUGUAGUGCUCCGGAACAAGAUCGAGCCGUGCCUGUCCAUUGACAUGUCGCCACUCUCGGCAGACCUGAAAAGGGCUCUUCAAAGAAAUAAGUUUCCUGGACCUAGCCACACCGAAUCGUACUCUUGGCCUCCCAUAGCACGUGGCUGUGAUGUGGUUGUCAUUUCUCAUUGUGGAAAUGACCCUCUCUUGUACCUUCCACCAGUGCUUACAAUUUUGCAAACAGGGGGCUGCUACAAGUCGUUACCAAGUAGAAAUGGACCUCUGGCAGUCAUCGUGUGCCCUGGGUGGAAAAAGGCCCAGUUUGUCUUUGAAUUAUUGGGAGACGAUAGCCUGUCCUCUAGGCCUCUUCAUCCUGUGUUGUUAACCAUUGGACUGCACAAAGAUGAAGCCAAAAAUCUGAAGCUUCCAAGGGGCUGUGAUGUAAUUGUGACAACACCGUAUAGCCUCCUGAGACUUCUCACAUAUCAAAGCUUGUUAUUUCUUAGACUCUGUCACUUAAUUUUGGAUGAGGUGGAAGUAUUAUUCUCUGAAGCUAAUGAACAAAUGUUUGCUAUAUUAGAUAACUUUAAAAAAAAUGUUGAAGUUGGAGAAAGGGAAUCUGCACCCCGUCAGAUUGUUGCUGUUGGACUUCACUGGGACAGACACGUGGGACAUUUGGUGAGAGAGUGCAUGAAUGACCCCUACGUGGUGAUCACGGCCAUGGAGGAGGCCGCUCUCUAUGGCAGUGUCCAGCAGGUAGUGCAUCUUUGCCUAGAAUGUGAAAAAACCUCUACUUUACUCCAAACUCUUGAUUUCAUUCCAAGUCAGGCACAAAAGACCUUGAUCUUCACCUGUUCUGUAGCUGAAACAGAAAUAGUGUGUAAGGUAGUUGAAAGCAGUUCAAUAUUUUGCUUGAAAAUGCAUAAAGAAAUGGUUUUUGAUUUAAAAAGAGUUUUGGAACAGUGGAAGAAGAAGUUAAGUUCUGGCUCUCACAUUGCAUUAGCCUUAACUGAUGAUUGCAUACCGCUCUUGGCCAUCACUGAUGCCACAUGUGUGGUUCACUUCAGCUUUCCUUCCUCUCCAAAAAUUUUUGGUGGACGCCUGUAUUGCAUGUCUGAUCAUUUUCAGAGUUUAGCCGAACAGGGUUCUCCUGCAGAACAGGGAGAUGAAAGGACCAAAUCUGUCUUGCUGCUGACGGAGAGAAGUGCGUGCCAUGCAGCUGGUGUCCUGCGCUACUUGGAGCGAGCAGAGGCCACGAUUCCAUUGGAGCUGUAUGAAUUCACUGCAGGGGUUCUGGAAGCCAAAGAAGAUGAAAAAGCCACAAGGCCUCUUUGUCCGUAUCUUAAGGCUUUUGGUUUUUGCAAAGACAAAAGGCUCUGUCCUGAUCGACACCAUAUUAAUCCAGAAACAGACAUGCCAAGAAAAUUGUCCAACCAAGCCCCAAUGUUUGGAUAUAUUAAAAUAAUACCCUUUUAUAUUUCAAAUGCAACAAAUUACUUUGGCCGUAUCGUUGAUAAACAUGUGGAUCUUUAUGCAGCUCUUAAUGCUGAAAUAAAUGAGUAUUUUGAGGAUUCCAGUAAUAAAACAGCUGUUGAAAAGGUGGAGAAAUUUGGAUUAUAUGGAUUAGCAGAAAAAACACUUUUUCACAGGGUUCAAGUGCUGGAGAUGAGCCAAAAAGAAGACACCUGGGCCCCAGACAAAGUCCUUGUGAAGUUUAUAGAUGAAGGCAGGACUGGGCUCGUCCCGAGGGGCCAGCUGCUGCGUCUCCCAGAACGUUUCCACAGGAUGCCCCCCCAGGCUGUGGAGUUUAUUGUUUGUAGAGUGAAACCCGCUGACAACGAAAUUGAAUGGAAUCCAAAGGUUACUAGGUAUAUUCAUCAUAAAAUUAUUGGAAAACUGCAUGAUGCAAAAGUGAUGAUGGCUUUGGGAAAUACAGUUUGGAUCGAUCCAAUGGUGCACAUUACAAAACUUUCAAAUUUGAAAACUUCUGUUGUUGAUUAUAACGUUCGAGCUGAAAUUUUGUCAACGGGAAUGGGAGUUGAUAAUUCAGAACAUACAGAACAACUGAAAAAAUUAUACGAAGGAGUUAAAAUGCCAACUUGUGAAGAAAGCCUAAGCCAGACCCUGGUGCCUUCUUCAGCAGAAGAUCCCGCUUCUCAGCAGAGCGCACGGCAAGAGGACAGGGGCUCAGAAAGAGGGGCCGAUUCCGAGACAAACUCAGAACACCAAAAGCAUGGUCGGUUAUUUAAAAGAUGGUUAACUUAAAAUCAUUAAUGCUUGGAAAUUUUCUAAUCUUUAGGCUUUCCACUUUUAGAUGAAUUGUAGAGAUGAUGUAAACUGAUAUUACC